AUGAAUUCUUUUGCAAAUAAUGGCUUCUCAACUGGGGAAGAGCAAAACAACUCGGCAAGAAAAAGAAGCUAUCACGAGCAGCAAAAUGACAAUGGAACCAGAAAGAAGCAGAGAGAUCAAGGUUUGCUGUCGCAAGAAAACAAUGACGGGAACAUCGACUCUGCCCUAUUGAGUGAAGGGGCUGCAUUAAGAGAUAACCAAAGUCUGUAUGUAGGCGGACCGAGGUCUAAUCAAGAUAGGAAGGAGGCGGAAGAAGAUCCUUCGGUGGCCGAGGCUGCCGUAGCUGCUACUGUCAACUACACAGAUUUGAUUCAACGCCAAGAGGAGGGUCCCGAUGCUCAUAUUCCUAAGCAGACAAAUACGAAUGGCGAAGACGGCGAUUCCAUGAAUGAGGGAGGAACCGCCGCUUCAUCAAUUGAAGGGGCCAAGUCAACUGCAUCCCUGGAAGGAAUGGCGUCUUCACCAUCAGAAUCCACACAAGAAUCCAAAAAUCACAUGCUCAUACCACUGGUUGAACAGGAACGCGAGUCCGAACAGGAACAGGAUGACGAAGACGACGAGGAAGACGAGGAUGGUGCUGACAUUGAUCUCAAAAAGGACAUUGGUAUGCAGCCAGCCCGUCGAGGGAGAAAGCCCGCUACAUUGGCUACAACAGACGAAUGGAAAAAGCAAAGGAAAGAUUCCCAUAAAGAAGUCGAAAGGCGUCGCCGUGAAAAUAUCAACACUGCGAUCAACGUCUUAAGCGAUCUACUACCUGUGAGAGAAUCAAGUAAAGCUGCUAUAUUGGCGCGUGCCGCAGAGUACAUUCAAAAAUUGAAGGAGACUGAUGAAGCAAACAUCGAAAAAUGGACGUUACAAAAAUUGCUAAGCGAGCAAAAUGCAUCGCAAUUGGCCAGUGCGAACGAGAAACUGCAAGAGGAACUGGGUAAUGCUUACAAAGAGAUUGAGUACAUAAAACGCAUUCUAAGGAAGAACGGCAUAGAAUACGAGGAUAUGCACAGCCACAAGAAACAGGAAAAGGAAAGAAGAGGUUCCAGGAGCGAUCACCCGCACGACACUUGA